UUAAGUAGCAGGUUGUGCUCAGAUACCUCCCCCUUCCACAGAGGCUUUCCCUUAAAGACAUGACCAGCAGAGCAGCUUUCACUCUCUGAACCCUCCGCCUGCUCUGAGAGGGCUGGACCAGCCGAGAGCUGCCUGUUCAUGCUUAAUUCUCUCAACUGCACAUCAACAGAUUAAUUCAUGUGCUGCUGACUCUCCAUCUACAAAAUGAAGAUCAGGCUGUCAGUGGCCGCUGCGGCCCUCCUUGCUAUAUUACUGAACACAGUAGAGGCUCAAGUGGAACCUCCCUCAGACUUGAAAUUUAACAUCCUAAAUGAAAACACAGUGCAAAUGUCAUGGAGGAGGCCAUCAUCUCUGGUACAUGGCUUCAGAAUACAAGUAGUAUCGGACACAGAUGAUAUAAAAGAUAUUAUCCUACCUGCCUCGGCCACGAGCACAGAUAUCGGAAACCUCACUCCUGAUGUAGAUUACUCUGUGUCAAUCAACUCCUAUGUUGGUUCAGAAGAAAGCAUUCCCAUAUUUGGCCAAAUAACAAUUCAGUCCAGCAACACGACUGGGACACCGAGGCAACCACAGGUUACAGAUGCCGUCAAGUGCUCAGUGAGUGCUGUAGCGGAUCUGGUUUUCCUGGUGGAUGGCUCCUGGAGUGUGGGAAGGGAAAAUUUCAAAUUCAUCCGGAGUUUUAUUGGGACCGUGGCAGGAGCCUUUGACAUUGGAGAGGACAAGACCAGGGUGGCUGUGGUGCAAUACAGCACAGAUACCAGGACAGAGUUCAACCUGAACCAGUAUUACAGACGGGCAGAGCUCCUCCGGGCCAUCAAAAAUCUGCCCUACAAAGGGGGCAACACCAUGACAGGUGAAGCCAUGGACUAUCUGGUGAAAAACACUUUCACUGAGGCAGCUGGAGCCAGGAAAAGUUUCCCCAAAGUGGCCAUGAUCAUCACAGAUGGAAAAUCUCAGGAUCCAGUGGAUGAGUAUGCCAAGAGACUGAGGAACAUAGGAGUUGAGGUUUUUGUCUUAGGUAUCAAAGGUGCUGAUGAAGAUGAACUAAGGGAAAUAGCCUCCACUCCUCACAACAGGCAUAUAUACAAUGUGCUAGACUUUGAUUUAAUUAAGGAAGUGCAGAAGCAGCUCGUCACAGAGGUGUGCUCUGGAGUGGAGGACCAGCUGAGCUCCCUCGCGAGUGGAGAAGAAGUUGUUGAGCCAGCCUCAAAUCUCCAAGUGACAGAGAUCUCCUCUAAGUCCAUGAGAGUCACAUGGGAUGCGUCUCCAGGCGAUGUCACAGGCUACAAGCUGUCGCUUAUGCCCAUGCUUGCUGGUAGCAAGAGACAGGAAUUGUACACAGGGCCCACCCAAACCUCUGUGAACGUCAGGGACCUGUCCCCCGAAACUGAAUAUGAGAUCAGUUUGUUUGCACUUAAAGGUCUGGUCCCAAGUGAGCCAGUACUGGCCAUGGAGAAGACCCAGCCUGUCAAAGUGUCAACAGAGUGUUCUCUGGGAGUGGAUGUUCAAGCCGAUGUUGUCCUUCUGGUUGAUGGUUCCUACAGCAUAGGACUGGCAAAUUUUGCUAAAGUGAGGUCCUUCCUGGAAGUGCUGGUGAAUUCCUUUGACAUUGCACCCAACAAGGUUCAGAUCAGCUUGGUCCAGUACAGCAGAGACCCUCACACUGAGUUUGCCCUCAACAAGCACCACGACAGCUCUGCGGUGGUAAAGGCCAUACGCACAUUCCCUUAUCGAGGAGGCUCCACCAACACUGGCAAGGCCAUGACCUACGUGAGGGAGAAAAUCUUUGUGGCAAGCCGUGGCGCCCGUGACAACGUGCCACGAGUCAUGGUGCUCAUCACUGAUGGCAAGUCCUCCGACUCUUUUAAAGAAUCUGCAGCCAACCUGAGGAACACAGAUGUGGAGAUCUUCGCUGUAGGGGUUAAGGACGCUGUGCGAUCUGAGCUGGAGGCCAUCGCCAACCCCCCUGCAGACAACCAUGUGUUUGAGGUGGAGGACUUUGAUGCCUUUGAGAGAAUCUCCAAGGAGCUGACCCAGUCCAUCUGCCUCAGGAUCGAGCAGGAGCUCCUCAACAUCAAGAAGAGAAGUUUGCUUCCACCAAAGUCCUUAACAUUCUCAGAGGUGACAUCCAGGAGCUUCAGGACCAGCUGGGUCUCCGACGCCACAGAUGUCCUGUCUUACCUGGUGCGUUUCCGCCCAGCUGCUGAUGUAACCGGAGACUACAUCUCUCUGUUUGUGCCUGCUGAGACCACCACUGCUGUCUUGCCUCAUCUCACCCCAUUUACCACCUAUGAGGUUAAUGUCUUUGCCCAGUAUGAGAGAGGAGACAGCUUUCCGUUAACAGGAGAAGAGACUACUUUAGAAGAACAAGGAACUGUCCGGAACCUCAGAGUGACAGAGGAGACUACCGACAGUUUCCGAGUGUCGUGGCGGUCAGCUCUAGGGUCUGUUCUGCGCUAUAGGGUGUUCUACGAGCCUGUGAAUGGUGGAGACAAAUUGGAGGCAAUGACUGAAGGCACCGAGACCACCAUCGUGCUGCAGGAGCUGUUUCCCAGCACCACCUACCGUGUGACUGUUUCUGCUGAGUAUGCAUCUGGCAUGGGGCCUCCAAUGGACACUCUCGGCACCACCAAAGAAGCUAGGGGCUCCCCACGCGAUCUGAGGGUGUUUGAUGAGACCGAGUCCACAAUGAGGCUCACAUGGCAAGCUGCUCCUGGAAAUGUGCUUCAAUAUCGCAUAGCCUACAAACCUGAAGGCGGGGAGAGGAAAGAGAUUGCCGUUAAGGCAGACUCCUUGGCUGCCAUGCUCAAAAACCUGUUGCCAGGCACGGAAUAUGAGCUUUUCGUUAGUGCCCGCUACCCCUCCGGCCUUGGAGAUCCCCUCCUGGGAAAAGGCACCACAUUAGAGGUACUUGGCUCUCCUAAAGACUUGGUCACUAAGGAUGUUACUGAAACCAGCUUUGGUGCUUCCUGGACUAUUGCGCCUGGCAACGUGCGUGGUUAUCGAGUCGCCUGGAAAUCCCUAUUCACCGAAGAGGCUGGGGAGAAGACAGUCCCGAGUGAUGUCACUGCCACCGUGCUGGACAGGCUGACUCCAGAGACGCGCUACAAAGUCUCUGUGUAUGCAUCCUAUGGCCGUGGAGAGGGAGAGCCGCUGGUGGGAGAGGAAACCACAGAUGUUUCAGCUGCGGCCAGAGCCAUUACUGUAACCGAGGAGACAGAGAGGAGCAUGCGGGCCACAUGGCAACCGGCGCCCGGAAACGUUGUUAAUUACAGGGUGACAUACAAGCCUCAUGAUGGCGCACGACCAAUGGUCACCAAAACACCAGGCGGCACCACUACAGUUGUCUUGCGACGACUACAGCCCAAGACCACUUACGAUAUUGUAGUGGUUCCUGUCUACAAGCAUGGAGAUGGAAAAGCAAGACAAGGAGUGGGAACCACAUUGUCACCUUUCAAAUCUCCAAGAAACUUACAAACAUCUGAGCCCACUAAGACCAGUUUCAGGGUGUCAUGGGACCCUGCACCUGGAGAUGUGAAGGGCUAUAAAGUGACCUUCCAUCCUAUUGGGGAUGAGAUAGACUUGGGAGAGCUGGUAGUUGGUCCUUUUGACAACACAGUAGUUCUAGAGGAGCUCAGAGCUGGCACCAAGUACACUGUGAAUGUGUUUGGCGUGUUUGAUGGAGGAGAGAGUAUGCCCUUGGCUGGAGAGGAGAAGACCACUCUCUCUGAUGAGCCUGCUACCCCACCUAUCCAGGCUCCAGAUGUAAUGUGCAAAACCACUGCCCAGGCUGAUAUUGUUCUGCUAGUGGACGGCUCCUGGAGUAUCGGCCGUCUGAACUUCAAGACCAUCAGGGCCUUCAUUGCUCGCAUGGUGGGCGUUUUUGACAUUGGCCCGGAUCGUGUCCAGAUUGGUUUGGCCCAGUAUAGCGGAGACCCAAAGACUGAAUGGCAUCUGAAUGCACACAAAACCAGAGAGUCAUUGCUGGAGGCUGUGGCCAAUCUGCCUUACAAAGGAGGAAAUACACUGACAGGCCUCGCUUUGAAUUACAUCCUACAGAACAACUUCAAAGCCAACGUGGGCAUGCGUCCAAACUCCCGUAAAAUUGGUGUUCUUGUCACUGAUGGAAAAUCACAGGAUGAUGUUAUUGCCAACUCUCAGAAUCUACGUGACCAGGGCAUUGAGCUCUAUGCAAUUGGUGUGAAGAACGCUGAUGAAAAUGAGUUGCGUUCCAUCGCCACUGAUCCUGAUGAAAUCCACAUGUAUAACGUGGCGGACUUCUCCUUCCUCCUGGACAUUGUUGACGAGCUGACAGACAAUCUCUGUAAGAGCGUCAAAGGCGAAGGAGGAGGAGUGGCGCCACCCACUGACCUGGUGACCUCCGAGCCGACCCACUAUUCUUUCCGUGUCACCUGGACAGAAGCUGAGGGCCCUAUCGAAAAGUACCGUGUAGAGUAUGUUCCAGUGGCUGGAGGCCAAACUCGACAGUUAUUUGUGGAUGGGACAGUGACCACGGUGGUGUUAGAAGGUCUGGAUCCAUUGACUGAGUACGCAGUGAAUGUUUACUCUGUGGUUGGGGAGGAAAGCAGUGAGCCACUGAGAGGCACCGAGACCACACUGCCUCUAAAUACUGCGAGGAGCAUGACCAUCUACAAACAGCGUGCCACCUCCAUGAGGGUGAAGUGGGAGCCCGCUGAGGGAGCCACAGGCUACAUGGUGCUUUACAAGUCUAAAAAUGCCACUGAGCCCACCGAUGAGCAGAUACGUGUGAAAGCCAAGAUCACAGACGUCCAGCUGAAGAACCUCCUCCCCAGCACAGCCUAUGCCAUCACCGUCUUCGCCAUGCACGGCGAGUCGACCAGCGACCCUCUCACUGAUGUGGGGGUGACCCGGCCGCUGCCUCCAGCUGGUGAGCUGAGGAUAACAGAUGUGACCCACAGCACCAUGCUGCUGGACUGGGAUGCUGCGCCUGGGCCUGUGCGCAAGUACAUUAUUACUUACAAACCUGAGGAGGGAGAGGUGAAAGAGCUUGAAGUGAAUAUGGACGUGACAACAACAGUCCUAGAUAACCUCAAGUCACAGACUGAAUAUGAUGUGGCCGUCACUCCAGUGUAUGACUCUGGAACUGGCAAUUCAAUGCUCAACCAAGCUACCACAGAUGUUGUCCCAGCUCCAAAGAAUUUACGGUUCACUGAGGUGACCCAGACCAGCUUCAGGGCGCACUGGGAGCAUGGUGCCCCUGAUGUGGCCCUCUACCGCAUUGGCUGGACCAAGUCCGGAGAGCGCAACUACGUAUAUGACAUCCUGAGCAGUGAUGAGACCACUCAUCUCUUGGAGAACCUAGAGCCAGACACCCUGUAUGAUGUUUCUGUUACUGCAAUUUAUCCGGAUGAAUCGGAGAGCGAGGAUCUUAUCGGAAGCCAGCGCACAUUAUCCAAGAUAGUAAUUACACCUCCUCCCAGUGGUCCCCCUCAGAACCUGCAGGUGUACAACGCCACUACCACCUCCCUCACGGUGAAAUGGGAUCAUGCCCCAGGCCGAGUGCAGAAUUACAGGAUCACAUACGUGCCUGUGGCAGGAGGCAGGAGUCAAUCGACUCAGAUUGGUGGGAAAAAGAAUACAAUCACUCUGCAGAAGCUGACCCCCGACACCCCCUACUUCAUCACUGUGGCUGCCAUAUAUCCAACUGGAGAUGCCAAGGACAUAUCUGGUCAAGGAAAAACAUUGCCUCUUGGAGGAGUGCGAAACCUUCGAGUCACUGACCCAACCACGAGCACUCUGAACGUACAGUGGGAUCCAGCUGAGGGCAAUGUUCGCCAGUACAGAAUCUACUAUCAGGCUGCUCCAGGAGGCCCAGAGGACAUGGUUCAAGUCCCUGGAAACACUAUGAACACUGUAUUGAAGAAUCUUCAAUCUGACACUGUGUAUGCGGUCACUGUGGUGCCAGUGUAUGCAGCUGGAGAGGGCAAACGCAUGACUGAGAAUGGAAAGACAUUGGUGCGCACCCCUCCCAGGAACAUCAGGGUUUAUAACCCUACCUCAAACAGCCUGAAUGUGCGCUGGGAGCCUGCAUCAGGUGAUGUGCAGCAGUACAGGGUCGUCUAUGCUCCACUCACUGGAACCCGCCCGUCCCAAUCUGUCCUCGUUCCAGGGAACACUCACGACACCAUGUUGGAGCAGCUAGUGCCGGACACUGAUUACUCAGUGGGGGUGGUUGCUAUCUAUGCUGAUGGAGAGGGUGCAGCAGUCAAUGAUAAUGGCAAAACAUUGCCCCGCAGCGGACCCAGGAACAUGCGUGUGUAUGACCCCACUACCAACACUCUGACUGUUAGCUGGGAGCAUGCAGCAGGGCCUGUGCAGCAGUACCGGAUCAGCUACGCACCAACCACUGGAGACCCCAUCGAGGAAUAUACAAGUGUUCCUGGCAACAGAAACAACAUCAUCUUACAGAACCUUCAGCCAGAUACGCCUUACAGAAUCACCGUGGCGGCUAUGUACCCAGAUGGAGCUGGAGGAGAGCUUUCUGGAGACGGACACACAUUGGGGCUCCUGGGCCCACGUAACCUGCGCGUGUCAGAUGAGUGGUACACUCGAUUCCGUGUGUCCUGGGACCCUGCACCUGCAAGGGUCAAUGGCUAUAAGCUAGCCUAUGCAGUGGAGGGCACUGAUCAGUUCACAGAGGUGUUUGUUGGAGACGUGACCACCCAUAUCCUGCACAAUCUCCAGCCUGGCACCACAUAUGAUGUGAAAGUUUUCGCCCAGUAUGAUGCUGGCCCAAGUGGACCACUUGUUGACCAAGGAACUACCUUGUACCUGAAUGUUACUGAUCUCACAACAUACAACGUCGGCUAUGACACAUUCUGCCUGAAGUGGACUCCGCAUCGAGCUGCUACCUCUUACAGACUUAAAGUCAACCCCUUUGACCCCUCUAAACGCGGAGCCCAGGAGGUCACCAUCACGGCUGCAGAGAGCCAGUACUGUUUUGAUGGGCUGACCCCGGAUGCGCUGUACAAUGCAACAGUUUACACUCAGACACCGAACAUGGAGGGACCUGGAGUCAGCACCAAAGAGCGCACUCUGGUGAAGCCCACUGUAGCCCCCACGGAGCCACCCACGCCUCCUCCUCCUCCUACCAUCCCUGCUGCCCUUGAGGUGUGCAAAGGUGCUAAAGCUGACCUAGUUUUCCUCAUUGAUGGGUCUUGGAGUAUCGGAGAUGAGAGCUUCCAUAAAGUGCUCCAGUUCGUUUUCAGCAUGAUUGGAGCUUUUGAUGUCAUCAAUCAUGAGGGCAUGCAGGUGUCCUUUGUGCAGUACAGUGAUGAUGCCAAGACAGAGUUCAAACUGAACACAUAUCAUGACAAGGGAAUGGCUCUGUCUGCUGUGCGGAUGGUCAACUACAGAGGAGGAAACACCAAAACAGGAGCUGCUCUGAAGCAUGUUGGAGAAAAGGUCUUCACCUCAGACAGUGGCAUGAGAAGGAAUGUUCCAAAGGUUCUGGUUGUUGUCACUGAUGGACGUUCUCAGGAUGAUGUUAAGAAGAGUGCUUCUAAACUGCAGCAUUCAGGAUACAGCGUGUUCGUUGUGGGGGUUGCUGAUGUGGACAUGGUGGAGUUGAGGAACAUUGGCAGCAAGCCCAGCGAGAGACAUGUCUUUGUUGUUGAUGACUAUGACGCUUUUGCAAAGAUACAAGACAACCUCAUUACAUUCAUCUGUGAAACAGCAACAUCAACAUGUCCUCUGAUUUACCUGGAUGGAUUCACAUCACCAGGCUUUAGAAUGCUUGAGGCCUUCAACAUCACUGACCGGACCUUCGCCGGUUUGAAUGGAGUGUCAAUGGAAGCAGGCUCCUUCAACAGUUUCAUCACCUACCGACUUCAUAAGGAUGCAUUCAUCUCUCAGCCCACAAAGGAAAUACAUCCAGAUGGACUGCCUCAUUCCUACACCCUUAUACUUCUCUUCCGACUCCUCCCUGACACCCCCAAGGAUGCAUUUGAUCUGUGGCAGAUUUCAGAUAAGAAUGACAACCCUGAGGUUGGACUGACGCUGAACCCUUCCAGCAGGACCAUCACAUUCUACAACAAAGACACUAGAGGCGAACUCCAGAGGGUUACCUUUGAUAACGACCAAGUCAAGAGGAUCUUUCACGGAAGCUUCCACAAGCUUCACAUCUCCAUUUCACCGAAAAAUGUCAAGCUGAACAUCGACUGCCAAGAAGUAGCAGAGAAAGAGAUCAAAGAGGCCAACAACAUCACCACCGAUGGCUAUGAAGUGCUUGGUAAAAUGGCAAAGUUUGGAAGGAGGCAGUCAGCUACAUUCCAGCUCCAGAUGUUUGAUAUUGUCUGCAGCUUGGGCUGGACAAGUCGAGACAAAUGCUGUGACCUGCCAGCAACGAGAGACGAGGCCAAAUGUCCAGCCCUUCCCCACUCCUGCACAUGUGCUCAGGAUAGCAUAGGCCCUCCAGGGCCUGCUGGUCCUCCGGGCAACCCUGGUACGAAAGGCCCUCGCGGUGAUAGAGGAGAAACAGGCUCCUCGGGUCCAAUGGGUCCACGUGGAGAGCAAGGUCCCGCAGGCCCAAUGGGACCACCAGGUCCGCAAGGCCCCAACGGACUCUCUCUUCCAGGAGAACCAGGACGACCUGGACCAAAGGGAGAUCCUGGUGACCCAGGACUACCUGGCCAGAGAGGCCCUAUUGGUGCUCCUGGUCCUCUUGGUCCUGUUGGACCAGCUGGAGCAAGGGGGCAACCAGGACCAGAAGGCCCGUCUGGACCUAGAGGCCCACCGGGACAGAUGGGAACCCCAGGAACUCCCGGAAUGCCUGGAAUCACUGGGAAAGCUGGGAAAGCUGGGGAACCUGGACUUCCAGGACCUGCUGGCAUUAAAGGAGAAAAGGGUGAAAGGGGAGAUACUUCCUCUCAGAAUAUGAUGAGAUCUAUCGCAAGACAAGUCUGUGAACAAAUAGUUAACAGACAAAUGAGCAGAAUCGAUAUGAUGCUGAACCAGAUCCCCAGUGGAUACCGCAACAACAACCCUGGACCUGCUGGGCCUCCAGGACCACCUGGAAAGCAGGGACCUCGUGGAGAACUGGGCCAGACUGGACGCAAUGGAUUCCCUGGAAACCCUGGUUUACCAGGGCCUCCAGGAGAAAGAGGGUUGCCAGGAGAGAAGGGAGAGAGAGGAACUCCAGGCGUUGACUCUCGGGGACAGAGAGGAUUACCCGGACCACCUGGCCCACCAGGUCUGUCCCAGACUGGCCCCCCUGGUCCUGCAGGCUCAGCUGGGCCCCGUGGCCCACCAGGACGUCAGGGUACUCCAGGAGUCAGAGGUCCACCUGGGCCUCCUGGUUACUGUGAUUCCUCUCAGUGUGUAGGCAUUCCUUACAAUGGAUACCCAGGCCGCUACCCACCUGAGCCUGAAACCUACGUAGUGCCAGUUCCUGCGGAAGCAUCAGAAGAUACUGUGACAGAGAUACAGUCCCCCGGUUUACGAAACCAGCGUGGAAAGAGAUCACUAUCGACACAGGAAACUAAGAGGAUAUAAACAUAAGUGUCUAUUAUUCGCAUGAAGGACAACAUCCGAAACUAAACGGCGUUAUUGGAUCAAGCUUCAUGCAUAUGCAAAAUCUUUAACAAGGUUAAGUGGAAAUAAGGCUGAUAUUCAAACCUAAUUUCCUGUUUAGAAACCUGUUUAGAAAAGAGUGUGCUCUCUCACUGUCCCCAAACAUUUUUGGCUUUUUGGCUUGUAACAUAACUGCCUUUUAUGUUUAUAUGAGACUCCUGUGCAGUGCACUAACCCCAAGAUGAGUAUUCAUGUGUAAUGCGUGAAGAGUAAGAUGUACGGAUUGACCCAAUGGAAUCCUCACAGAUCAAUGUAAAAUUUUGCUUUUAGAAUAGACUCAUUCCUUGCAGUGCAGUUCUUUUGUUAUGCCUUCCUUCUCACCAGUGAAGGCCAUUGGUUGUAAUUCCAUCCUCAUUUCUAAAACCUUGUUAGACCUGGCUUUGGUUUCAUUAUCCUAAAUAUUUAUCUGUUGUAUACCAACUCACAGCUCAUUUUUACCAAAGAUGGAAUUGCAUGACUGUGUUGUAUAUUUAGUAAGUACAUUUUAAAACCAGAAUAUAGUUUUUCCUUUUAAAUCAAUCUCAAACGCAGUUGGAAUUUGCUGCAAGACUAUGGUCAUAGAAUUGCGCCUUUAUGUUUUAACUGCACAUUGUGAAUUCCACAGCCUUAUUUUCUUAUUUAUUUCUGAAUCAGAAGAGGCAUUUUUCAAUAAAACUACUGAAAAUGUUU